ACAAUUUUAACAAUUUUUUCCAAAAUAUUUUAUCCAAUUGAACAAACUCUUAAAAAAUAAACCAAAUUUCUCUCAUUUUAUUUUUCCAAUUUAUUAUUUAUAAUUAUCCAUAAAAUAAUCAGGGAAAUUAAAAAUAGUAAGUAAGCAACCAUGAAAGCUCUUCAAGCUUCAACUGCAUACAGCUUCCCCAUUUCUUCUCCUGCUCCUUCUUCUUCUAGACGCUUCUCCCGUGUUAUUCGUGCUCAAGUGGAUCCUUCGGAGAAAUCUAUUGAAGUAAUGAGGAAAUUCUCUGAGCAGUUCUGUCGUAAAUCUGAUACAUACUUUUGUGUUGAUAAAAGUGUCACUGCUGUUGUUAUCAAGGGAUUAGCAGAGCACAGGGACACAUUAGGUGCCCCCCUAUGUCCAUGUCGGUAUUAUGAGGACAAAGAAGCUGAAGCCAAGCAAGGUUUUUGGAACUGCCCAUGUGUGCCUAUGAGGGAGAGGAAAGAGUGCCACUGCAUGCUAUUCCUGACCCCUGACAAUGAUUUUGCUGGAAAGGAUCAGACUAUCACCUUGGAUGAAAUUCGGGAAGUGACUGCGAAUGUGUGAUCUUAUAUGAGCUGAAGCCUCUUAUGCGUAGCCUCAGUAGGCCUGUACAUUACGUAUUAUCACGAGGAUGCCAAUAACUGUUGUUCUGUUAUGCUGUACUGCCUGUAUAUACUCUUAUUUUGGAGAGCCUUGCCAUCUCUAACUUUAAGCCUUGUCAAAGGUAUAUAGCCAUACUCAUGUAUCUGAGUUUGUAUUUCAUUUUAUGAUAUCAUACCAUAUUAUCAUUGAUAGAAAAGUUAUACAUCAAUAAUUCCAAAGUAUAUUUCUGAAGGGUUUCUGCAUUUGGUAAAAAUGUAGAAGUAUUUCUCAACACUUGAUGAUCUAGCCAACAACAAUAUAAUUGCCAUUCUUAUGGA